AUGCUUCCUCCCCUCCGCCGUCUCCUCCCCGUCCUCCUCCUUCUUCUCCUCGCGCAGCUCAAUACCUGCUCCGCCGCCCUCGCGUCCAAUCCCGGAGAUUUCAACGUCGUGACCUGCGGUGCAGACAAGGGCAUCACACCAGACUGUACCGCUCGGAUCUCGACGACCGAGCUUCGAGCUCUUCGGGCGAUCCGGAUGCGCCUCAAGCUGUUCAUCCGGGAUCAGUCGGGCCGGGAGGAGGUGCCGCUGACGAUGGCGUAUGAGGGGAUCGAGGAGGAGGGAUGGACACCCGAGGUGUCAGGCACGCUGGCGGAGCAGGAUGUCUGGGAGUCGGAGGAAGGCGGGCCAGCGACAGAGGACUACACCUACUUUGCUGACAUCCGCCGCCGCCCAGACUCAGCCGGCAUGCAACACCCCGCGCUUCGCAUGCUAGAUCGGGAGGCGUAUACACCAGACGGCGUCGCGGGGCGGAAAGAGAUGCGGCGGUCGAGGUGGAGAGGGAAGAAGGUGGAGCCAUUGGAUCUGGACGCGUGGUAUGCUGGCACACCAAUGUCCAUGGGCAGGCGGUAG